AACAGGCGGAGGAGCGAGAUUGAAUCAAUGUCUAAAAGGGUUGAAGGUUGACAGCCGAAAUCAUAUUUGUACAGGGAAGGGAGACAAGAAGCAGGAAUACGGAGGAGCACUUGUCACUCGAUGGAUGCAGCUCCCACCUAUAAAACUCACGCACAACUCUCGUGAAAUCGGAACGGAUCGUCACGCAAAUAGCCCCCCCCCCCCCCCCCUCUCUCUCUCUCUCUCUCUCUCUCUCCGGCUAUAUGGAGUCUGUACUCUGAUUGGUGCUCCAAAGGAACGCGCAAAAUCAUUCUCCCAUAACAUUGAAAUACUGCCGAGAAAUCUUCCUUUCAUUAAUCGAAGCUAAAACCCUAGCUUCCGAGUCGUGAUCGGGAGCGUUAAUGGCGGUGUCGGAGGAAGAGUCAUCGUCGGCCAAGUCUCGAUCGGCCUCCAAGGGCGUCCACUAUCUCGCCAAGGGCGUCCUCAGAGGAAGCGUCGUCCUUCAGGUCGUCCAAGGACAUAUUCGCUCUCCUUCCUCUAACGACGUUGUUUUCGGCAAGGAAACAUCCAUAGAAUUGGUUAUAAUUGAUGAAGAUGGAUUUGUACAAUCUAUCUGUGAGCAGCCUGUGUUUGGCACCAUAAAGGAUCUUGCUGUCCUACCUUGGAAUGAGAGAUUCCAAGCUAGAAGCCCUCAGAUAUUGGGGAAAGACCUUCUUGUUGUUAUUUCUGAUUCUGGGAAGCUAUCAUUUCUCUCAUUUUCAAAUGAAAUGCACAGGUUUUUUCCAUUGACCCAAAUUCAACUUUCUGCUCCUGGCAACUCAAGGCAUCAGGUGGGAAGGAUGUUAGCUGUUGAUUCCUUUGGAUGCUUCAUUGCUGCUAGUGCAUAUGAGGAUCAAUUGGCUAUGUUCUCAGUUUCAAUCUCUGCAGCCACUGAUAUCAUUGAUAAGAGAAUAUCUUAUCCUUCUGAAAAUGAAGGGGACCCAAGUACAGGCAGUGGUCUGACCAAUAUUUGUGGGACUAUAUGGAGCAUGUGUUUUAUUUCCAGAGAUUUUUGCCACCCAAAUAAGGAGCAGAAUCCUAUGUUAGCCAUUCUUCUGAAUAGGAGGGGAUCUUUCAUAAAUGAGCUUUUGCUAUUGGAAUGGAGUAUUAGGGAACAUGCUAUUCAUGUAAUUUCUGAGUUUGCUGAACCUGGACCGCUAGCACACAGUGUGGUUGAAGUUCCACAUUCAUAUGGAUUUGCCCUUCUGUUCAGGAUUGGUGAUGUUCUCUUAAUGGAUCUAAGGGAGGCUCACAAACCGUGUUACGCAUAUAGAAUGAACUUAAAUUUUUUGCCUACUGCCGUAGAGGAGCAGACUUUUAUUGAUGACUCUUGUAGAGUAAAUGAUGUUGAUGAGGAAAGUCUUUAUGAUGUUGCUGCGUCUGCUUUACUGGAGCUAAAAGACAUCCUUAAAGAUGAUGAUCCCAUGAGUAUUGAUGGAGACAGUGGUAAUAUCAAUUCACAUUCAAAACAUGUGUGCUCAUGGAGCUGGGAACCAGGAAAUGAAAAAAAUCCAAGGAUGAUUUUCUGUAUAGAUAGUGGAGAACUUUUUAUGAUUGAAAUUUCUUCAGAUUCUGAUGGUAUUAAAGUUGAUCUAUCUGAAUGUCUCUACAAAGGUCUGCCUUGCAAAACACUUUUAUGGUCAGAAGGUGGAUUCUUGUCUGCUCUUGUUGAGAUGGGAGAUGGAAUGGUCUUGAAGUUGGAAGAUGGAAGGCUACUUUACAGAAGUCCAAUACAAAAUAUUGCCCCAAUUUUGGAUAUGUCAGUAGUGGAUUACCAUGAUGAAAUACAUGAUCAGAUGUUUGCUUGCUCUGGGAUGGCACCAGAGGGAUCUUUGAGGAUUAUUCGAAGUGGCAUCAGCGUAGAAAAGCUGUUGAGAACUGCCCCUAUUUAUCAAGGCAUAACGGGUACUUGGACAGUCAAAAUGAAAUUCAUCGAUUCUUAUCAUUCCUUCCUAGUGUUAUCAUUUGUUGAACAAACAAGGGUUCUAUCAGUUGGCUUAAGCUUUACAGACGUGACUGAUAUUGUUGGUUUCCAGCCUGACGUCUGCACAUUAGCAUGUGGCCUUGUCAGUGAUGGUUUACUGGUCCAGAUAUACCAAAAUGCAAUUAGACUGUGUUUGCCUACUGCUGCUGCCCAUCCAGAAGGUCUUCCUUCAUUAUUACCAAUUUGUACAUCAUGGUCCCCUGAUAAUAUCAGUAUCAGUCUUGGGGCAGUUGGGCAUAAUUUGAUAGUCAUUACAACUUCAAGUCCAAGUUUUUUGUUUAUUCUUGGGGUCAGACAUCUGUCAGCAGGCAACUAUGAAAUAUGUGAGAUGCAACAUGUGAAAUUGCAGCAUGAGUUAUCGUGUAUUUCUAUCCCUGUGAAGAAUUUUGAGCACAAACCUUCCACUUGUAAUUUGGCAGUUAAAAAUCCUGUACAUACCCUUCCUGAGGGAGUUGACAGUGGUAUUACCUUUGUUAUUGGUACUCAUAAACCUUCAGUGGAAAUUUUAUCUUUUCUGCCCGACAAAGGUCUAAGGUUUCUAGCGGUAGGGACUAUUUCUUUAACCAACACUAUGGGAACUGCUGUUAGUGGCUGUGUUCCUCAAGAUGUUAGGCUUGUCUCAGUUGAUCGGCUUUAUGUUCUAUCAGGAUUGAGGAAUGGAAUGCUGCUUCGGUUUGAGUGGCCUGCCUUGUCAAUGUCCACUUCAAUAUCUCUCAGCCAAAGGCCUCGUAGCAAUUCCUGUUUGGUAAACUUGGAUACUUACUUAGUAAAAGCUACAGAGCCCCAAAAUUUUACUUUUGAUUCAUCUGAGAAGUCCAAGGGCAAUCCUGUUUAUCUUCAAUUAGUUGCAAUACGCCGGAUUGGAAUUACUCCUACUUUCCUAAUUCCACUGAGUGAUUCACCUGAUGCUGAUAUGAUUGCUCUCAGUGAUAGGCCAUGGUUACUGCAAACAGCUAGGCACAGCCUUUCAUAUACUUCCAUCUCCUUUCAACCUUCAACACAUGCAACUCCUGUUUGUUCUGCUGAAUGUCCUAAAGGAAUUUUAUUUGUUGCAGAAAACAGUCUUCAUUUGGUGGAAAUGGUCAAUACUAAGAGGCUUAAUGCGCAAAAGUUUCAUCUUGGAGGCACUCCUCGGAAGGUUUUAUACCACAGUGAAAGUAGAUUGUUGCUUGUAAUGAGGACUGAGUUGAGUCAUGAUUCAUAUUCAUCUGAUAUAUGUUGUAUAGAUCCUCUGAGUGGGUCAGUUUUAUCGUCUUUUAGACUUGAGCCUGGGGAAACAGGAAAGUCUAUGGGGUUGGUGAGGGCUGGAAAUGAACAGGUUUUGGUGAUCGGAACUGGUCUGUCUGCUGGUCCAGCCAUAAUGCCCAGUGGUGAAGCUGAAAGCAGUACUAGGGGCCGUCUGAUUGUCCUCUGCCUUGAGCAUAUGCAAAACUCAGAUAGUGCCUCUAUGACAUCUUGUUCGAAGGCUGGUUCGGCUUCUCAGCGAACUUCACCUUUUCGUGAAGUUGUGGGAUAUGCAGCUGAACAGCUGUCAAGCAGUAGUCUUUGCAGCAGCCCGGAUGAUAAUAGCUGUGAUGGGAUCAGGCUUGAAGAAACUGAAGCAUGGCAUCUAAGAUUGGCUUAUUCAACCAGAUGGCCUGGAAUGGUACUUGCUAUCUGCCCUUACCUUGAUCGUUAUUUCUUGGCAUCUGCUGGUAAUGCUUUCUAUGUCUGUGGUUUUCCAAAUGAUAAUUCACAGAAGGUGAGAAGAUUGGCUGUAGGAAGAACACGUUUUAUGAUAAUGACUUUGACAGCUCACUUUACUAGAAUUGCCGUUGGUGAUUGCCGUGAUGGAAUCCUUUUCUAUACCUACCAUGAGGAUGCCAGGAAACUGGAGCAACUUUACUGUGAUCCCAUUCAGCGAUUGGUGGCUGAUUGCAUUCUUAUGGAUGUUGAUACUGCUGUUGUUUCAGAUCGCAAGGGGAGUAUAACUGUCUUGUCAUGUUCAAAUCUAUCAGAAGAUAAUGCAAGUCCUGAAUGUAACCUGACACGAAGUUGUUCAUUCUACAUGGGUGAGAUUGCCAUGAGCAUUAGGAAGGGUUCAUUUUCAUACAAGCUUCCAGCAGAUGAUAUACUGAAGGCCUGUGAUGUUGCUAAUACAGUUACUGAUUUAUCGCACAACAGUAUCAUGGCCAGUACACUGUUGGGAAGCAUAAUUGUUUUCAUUCCUAUAUCAAGGGAAGAAUAUGAGCUUUUAGAAGCUGUGCAGGCCAGACUGGCAGUUCAUCCACUGACUGCUCCUAUUCUAGGAAAUGAUCAUAAUGAGUUCCGCAGCCGUGAAAGUUCGGCUGGAGUGCCUAAGAUACUUGAUGGUGAUAUGCUGGGUCAGUUCUUGGAGCUUACAAGCAUGCAACAAGAGGCUGUGCUAGCAUUACCUCUCGGCUCACCAGACACAAUUGUGUUGAGUUCAAAGCACUCAUCAUCCACACCCGUUACAGUUAACCAGGUCGUGCGUCUCCUUGAAAGAGUUCAUUAUGCCCUAAAUUGAGUUCUCUUUUCUGGUCGCCAUUCCUUUGCUUCUGAUUUUGUCUGAAGAAAGGGUAUCAUCAUGCCAUGGGAUUGAACAAAUAUCUAUGGUUCACCCGAGUCCGAUCUUCCCUGACCAUCAAACAAGAAGAUUUGAACACAAACAGACAGUGGGGGUGGAGGCACACACUCAUUUAUUACUAUUUUCCAGAGUGAUAAAGCGCCUGACUAUAGAACCCAGCCACAUAUGUGUAUGUACAGAGUUGUUUGCCGUAGUAUUCUCGAGAUGACUGACUAUCUGGAUGUUUAGAUCCAGCAACCGGUCUGGCAGAAAUGUUAACGUGGCCGCUGCUCAGAGAAUGAAAUACAUAGAAGAUUGAGUUGCCUUCUAUCCCUCCUCGAAGCAUCCGAGUUGUAGGUUCUGUUGUAAAUUGUAGCAAUGACAGUUUUUCUCCCCCACUUUUCCUCUUUUGCUGUUAAUUGACCCCUAAUUUUUUUUUUUUUUUGUGUAACCGUUUUCAAAUGGGAAGUUCUUGUGGCUAGUGCGCAUGGUUCAGAUUUUAUUUCCCCGAAUAAUAUAAUCUCUUCGUGUUGUUUUGAGC